UUAGCAGAGAGAACACCGACCAGCACCAGACAUACAGAGACAAAGUUUCAACGUCAAGUCAAAAUCAAAGUAGAGUAGAGAAGAGGAGGAGUAGAGUAAUUGCAAAUACAAAGUGCAACACAACACGGCAUGUAACUUUAUGUCUUCUUGAAACUUGAAGAAAGGGAUUAGGAAACGUUGGGCUUAAAAUAUCAACAUAGGUAAAGGACCAAAUUAACUCAAGAUGGCAGAUGAUGAAUGGCAGUUGGAAGCUGUUGAAGAACAGUUCAAAGUGUUUGAAUCACUCAAGGAACCAUACAAACGAAUAUCAUUGACUAAUUUAAGGACUUUAAUGGAAGAAGUAUCCUCGAUUAAGAAUUUACACACAAAAAUGAAUAAAACCAAACAUUCAACCCCUAGUGAGAUAAGUCUUCAGAUCAUUAAUCAACAAUGUGAAGAAGAAAUCAAGCUCUCUUUUAUUGUCAUUGUCACUAACAUGAAACAAAAUGGAACCCUCUGCAAAAUGCCGGUAUUUGUCUUAAUAUCCAAUGAGAGAACAAAAUACAUAGAUAUGAACCUUACAUUAUUCAACAGUUGGGACGCAUUUUUCAACAACAAUGAUCUACCCCCUUGUCAGUAUUGUUUUCCUGUAAAUGGUCUGUACAAUGUUGGAAAAAAGUUGAAGAUUGAUUUUGCCUCAUCUCCUGUUGCCUUGAGGCAAAACGUAAACGUAUUUUGGAAAUGCUUGGGUUUUGUGGCUGGUGUUGGAUUGGUCGUGGCAUCAUUUUUCUUCACUAUUCCUCCUGUGGAUAGAUACACUCAGAAGGCAGACUCACUUUUAAGUAUAGCAAAUGAGUAUGUUCCUGGUAUUCGAAAGUAUGGAAUCAUGUUUUUGAAAGCAGUGGGAUACGUUCAGCAACUGAAAUCAGGCAAAGGUGAUUUAAUAGAUAUUUUGCCUCAACUUUGCAAAUUUCUUACUACGGUACAGGAUAACUUCAAAGAAGAAAUAUCUAUGAUUUACGGAUGGAUAAAAGACACUUUAUGGAAGAUAUAUAAUUGGAUCAAGACAAAGCUUUCUCAUUUCUUUGAAAAAGCAUCAGCAUGGGCACAACAUAAAUUUCUUGCGGUUACACACCGAGUUAACAGUGAAGUGAUAGCUGCUGAGUUGGAAGCAAAUGAGAUUCUGGAAGAAUCACGAAAAAACAAUCAAAAAUUCCAAACCCCUGUUGAUGCAACAGCUAUACAUGCAACAGUGAACACGGAAAACAGCUCGGAAUAUGUUAGCACGAUAUUUAGAAAUGCUAAAACUGAAAGUGCUUUGGAAAACAAUAUGUUGAAAGGCAACAGUGAUGAAAAUAUUCAUCCAGUGACUUCUGAUUUGUUGGAAAUCAGUAACAAAGUAGCUAACCAGCUACAAAAAGAAGGUCUUAAAGAUGUACAAGACAUACUUGAGGCUUACCUGGGUUUUGUGAAAGAUGAAUUCUUAAAAUGUAUCAAUUUGUAUACAAAAAUGCUUGAUGCAGCUAAAGCCGGUGCUGGACAUGCAAUUAACGUGGAAACAUUCAAUCUUACACUGGGUAUUAAAGGAGAUGUUACAGCACACUACUGGGCAGAAGCAUUUAAGAUUAUAAGUGAUACUCCUCGUCUUGGUUUUCUCUUACAGGAAGAAAUAAAAGAACUAGAAAAGCAAAAGAAAUUGCUUAUAUUCCCAAUCGCUAAAAUUACUGAAGAUGAUACGAUGGGCCUUUACAGAUGUGUUGGACCCGAUGGAACAGGUAAAUUUUCUGCCAAAGAUCUCUUGUUGGCUUUGGAAGGGAUUCAAAUUCCUAUAAAAAAUGAAAAAUUGGUUAUAAAUGAAACACCAUCUGCAGUAGUGAUUCGCCUUAGCGAAUUAACAAUAGUAGCAUCGCAAAAACUGAACUCAGACAAUACAUCAGAGGGGAUGUUGAUGAUAACCAGGUAAAACCUCUUCAGAUUUGAGUGGAGACUUAUAUGGUUCAAAAAAGGUACAGGGAAUAUGGGUCAGACAGCAACUCUUGAUAAUUUAUUACCAUUGUAUGCCUGAGAUCUGAUAUAUAACAAUUAACAGUCGGCAGGACCGACGGCCAUCUUGGAUUUUCUGCCCAUAACGCCAUUGUUAUGGUUGAAGCAUAUUACGGCAUUGUUUAUUAAGAUAAAAAGCUGCAAAAUAUCCCAUUUUAAAGCUAUUGAAACCACAAAUGUGAUUUGCCAUCUACUUUUUAAUUUUAAUUGUUCUUAUUUUGUCUAUUGACUUAAACUUGUUUAAAUGAUCCGAAAAUUAAUACACACAGAAAAUAUAUUUAAGAAUCACAUACAAUUUUCUACUUGUUAGUUAAUUAAGCUUAUGGUGCAUGAUUAAUAUGCUUCAACGUGAACGUAUGUUUUGCUGAUCGGAGCUCGGACAACCAUUGUUCGCCUGGGAUCUGAUGCCCUGACGGUCAACGGCAAUGCAAAAUUAUUGACUCCAGCCGACUCUUAAUGAUACUAUUGGCAAAAAAUGAUAAUGACAAUGUUGUGUUUAUUUGAUUUAGAAUUCCAUAAUUUAAGGCCUGAUUUGACAAUCCAACUUGAUUAGUUGAAAUCAAGUGAAAUAAAUGUUGUGUUCAAUUCUGUAGAAAACCUAACAGAGAAAAUCAAUUUGGACAAAGUACAUCAUAACAUUUUUUCUGAAAAUAGAUAUGUUUGAUUACAACGAUACUUUCUCACCUGCUUACGUGUAUUGGUUAGUGUUAAAAUAAUCCCAGUUACGGCAGUUACUUCAAAUUAUUUGAACAUGUAUUAAAAAAAUUGUGAACACUAAAAAAUAUUGUUUAAUAUUAUAUAAUUUUAUUUGUCUAAUUUGUAAUAAUGUAUUAAUAUUUAUGAGCUUACAAUGACAUACUGUAGUUUUCCUAUUUUUUCUUUUGUAAAUGGUUUAUUUAAGGGUUUAAUAUGAAUCUAACAUGGUUUUAAACGUUCAGUUGUGGUAUUAUUUUAUAUUAACUCAAUCAAGACUUAUUA